AGUAGCUGGCACUACAGGUACAUACCACCACACUUGGGUAAUUUUUAUAUUUUUUGUAGAGAUGGGGUUUUGCCAUGUUUCCCAGGCUUGCCUUGAACUCCUGGGCUCAAGCAAUCUGCCCAUCUUGACCUUCCAAAGUGCUGGGAUUACAGCCUGAGCUACCAUGCCUGGCCUACUAUAGAACUGUUGUUACAUUCUUUGGAACCCUCUACUAAGUAGAGGUGGCUCAGGAAAUUUAUCUUGUGGCUCUCAAAAACAUGUUUUUCUAGGUUGGGCUUAAAGACGAUGCUUCUGCAAACCAUCAGAGAUUCAUGACACGUUGGGUUGAAAAGACUGUCGUGGGAUAGGGUUUAUGUGCCCAAUAACCUUGUCAGUCUUAAGUCCUCCAAGAUGAUGGCCAUAAAUGCUUGAAGAAGUGAAGGCAAUAUACAGUCCAAAUAACAGUUCAAUGUGUUCACACUGGUCAAGCCUUGUCUGGAAGGUUUUCUGCUUGGUUCCUUCUGGAAUAAAGGUAAACUUGUAGAAACACUGGAGCUCUUAUUUAAUAAAGAUCCUCUCGUUCCAGGGAGCUGGUUCAGAAGGCCAGAGACCAGUGGCAUCCAAUAACUCAUGGGUGGACUGUUUGAGACUUCUACUGUUGCCAUAGAAACAAACUUUACCUUUUCUCAUUCUCAUGAAGAACUGCUGGGGCUAUCUCUGGGAUUUCGAAGGACUUUUUAUCCGCUGUCUAGAGGGAAGAGACAAUAUAAAGUGCCACGUUCUAAAAGAGAGAGUUUAGAGAAAGGACUGUUGUUGGGAAGUGGGAAUCAAGGAAGGCCUCAAAGAAGACAGGAUGCUUGUACUAAAUUUUAAAGUUGAGGAGGAGCUUGCAUGGUGGACAAGGGUUAUAGCCUGCAUAACCAAAGAUCCAGAAAUCCAAAGUCAUCUGAAUCUUAGUCAAAAAGUUUCACAUUAUACUAUUAGCAAUUUCAGUAUAUUUUGAAAGGGCCUAAUACUGCAGGGCUGGGAAAGAGAGUAACUCUCCUGAGUGUUGAGGACAGGGGUUUGAUAAAUAGAAUGGGACGGAGGAGGGCUGAUGCUGCAUCUGCCAUUUUGUGAUAAUGAAGGAAAGGCCGAGGACACUGCAGAGAUGUCAACCAUGACGUCUUCCAGCUGCUGAACCAGCCACAUUUUGUUUAGGACACUUGAGUUUUCUGUUAUUUUUAUAAAAUGAAUUCCAAAUUAGGAAGAAUUCAGUACGGUAAGUGGCGUGCUAAAGGUUAGAGACUCUGAAAUAUGAAACUGGAUGACUAGAGGGUUUAUAAUCACAGGGUGUGAGGAUCUGCAAUUUUUAGAGGCUAGUAGUAACAGUGGAAAAAUUGGUCAAAUUAUUAUCUACACCUCUUGGGAUCAAGACUAUGUAAUAACAGCACGGCUACAGUUUUAGGGAAAAUGUUUGGAAACAUCUCAGGUUUUCAAUGUGUGUUACCUUUACUUGCUGUUGAAGAGACAGGAAGAGAUAUAAUCAAAAUAAAGUUGGUGACAUUCUAUUAAAAUAAAGUAAAAUAGACUUCAAAAUUUGUGCCCCAUUGAGUUCCACCUUCCAUCAUGCCCUCUUCAAAGACAUCUUCCUCAUCCUUCAAGAAACAGGCAGCAUUCGUCAUCCCAGAUGCUGCUCUCAAGGAGGGGCUGAGUGGCAAUGCCCUCAGCAGCCCCAGUACACCUGAGCCUGUCGUGGGCACCUGUGACAACAAACUAGAUGUUGACUACAUCAAGAGGUACCUAGGCGAUUUGACUCCACUGCAGGGGAGCUGCCUCAUUAGACUCUGCUGGUGGCUCUGGGAGACCCACAAGGGCAAAAUUCCAGAAGAUGAGCAUAUUCUUCAGUUCUUACGUGGGUGGGAUUUUAAUAUUGACAAAGCCAGAGAGAUCAUGUGUCAAUCUUUGACAUGGAGGAAGGAGCACCAGGUAGACUGCAUUCUUGACACCUGGACCCCUCCACAGGCCCUUCAGGAUUUCUACAUGGGAGAUUGGCAUCAUCACGAUAAAGAUGGGCAGCCCCUCUAUGUGCUCAGGCUGGGGCAGAUGGACAGCAAAGGCUUGGUGAGAGCACUCAGGGAGAAAGCCCUGCUGAGAUACGUUCUCUCCAUACAUGAAGAAGGGCUAAGGUGAUAUGAGGAGAAUACAAAAGUCUUUGGUCGGCUUAUCAGCUCAUGGACCUGCCUGGCGAACUUGGAAGGGCUGAACAUGCAUCACCUGUGGAGACCUGGUGUCAGAGCACUGCUGUGGAUCAUCGAGGUGGUGGAGGCCAAUUACCCUGAGACACUGGGCCGCCUUCUCAUCCUGCAGGCGCCCAGGGUGUUUUCUGUGCUCUGGAUGCUGGUUAGUCCAUUCAUUGAUGACAACACCAGAAGGAAAUUCCUCGUUUAUGCAGGAAAUGACUACCAGGGUCCUGGAGGCCUGCUGGAUUACACUGACAAAAAGAUUAUUCCAGAUUUCCUGAGCGGGGAGUGCAGGUGUGAAGUGCCAGAGGGUGAACUGGUCCCCAGUUCUCUGUACUGCACUGAAGAGGAGCUGGAGGAUGAAGACCACAAGCUCUGGACUGAGACCAUUUACCAGUCUAUAAGCAUCUUCAAAGGAGGCCCCAAGAGAUUUUCAUUUGGAUUGUGGACACCUCUUCAGUCAUCACUUGGGAUUUUGACGUGUGCAAAGGGGACACUGUCUUUAACAUCUGUCACUACAAGAGGUCACCACAGCCAUCCCAAAAGGACUCUCUGGGGCCCUCAGCAUCACCUUUCCAGGUGGGAGCAAUGUGUAGCUCAUAGAAAAAGUCUGGCAGCUGGGCUGCGACUACAGCAUGGUGAUUGCCUCUGAUCUGCAAAGAAGGAGAAGGCAUGCAGGGCUCCCAUGUGACCAGGUGGCGGGGCUUCUACAGCCUGCAGUGAAAUGCCACAGCAUGCCCGCAUGCGCCGCCAGCAGCCUGCCCUGGGUGGACAACGUGCUUGCAUUCCUGCAGGUCUCUUUGCACAAGUGUAAAGUGAUGUACUACACGAGGUGAUCGGCUCCAAGGAUUUCAGAGGUUCCAUGACAAGCCUGGAGUCCAGCCACAGUGGCUUCUCACAAGUGAGUGCCACUACCACCUCCUCCAGCCAGUCCCACUCCAGCUCCAUGAUCUCCAGGUAGU